GGAUUGCACGAAGUUAAGCGGAUGACAUGUUUAAGGAGAUAACUUCGGUUGAUCUAUUUGGUUAUUGGAGUAUUUUACCUUAAAGAAAAAAUAGACAAUACUUCAUAUCUGGUGCAGCGGAGAGUCUGGCAAGAGAGCGGCAUUGGUGCCAAAAUGAUGUUAUGACACUGAAUGGAGUUGGCAAAGCGAGCCGUGAAUAUUUCCCAAAUGGCAACUAGAAUAAAGCAGAGAAUGAGGAGUGUCGCUUUUUGGCGUACAGGCGUUGUCAUCCUGCUGUUGAUGCAACUCCCGGACUCGUGUGCUUUCUUCUUCUCGUGCGAGGGUCGUACAGAGGGGAUGUACCCAGAGCCGGCGUCAUGCCAAUACGUGUACAUGUGCGCGCAGGACACGCUAAUCAUGAACACAACUUGCCCAGCCGGCUUGUACUUCAACGAGGAACAGCACACAUGCGUACCAUGGGAAUACGCAGAUGACGUUUGCUUUCAAAAUAAUUCAAGAAAAUCAUUCAGUUGUGCCGAAAAAACGGACGGUGUACACGCGCACGAGACAAACUGCAUUUUCCAUUUUACGUGCCGAAAUCAAGCCCUUGUAGCAUUCGAUCGCUGUGAAGAAGAUUUUUAUUUCAACAGUAUCACACAGACCUGUGAGCCUUACGAACGCAGCGUGAUCACUCAAUGCACACGUGAUUAUGUCAGGGUCGGCACCCCCAAGGGGUUCGACUGCUCGGGCAAGGUGAAAGUUUUUAACCCGGACCCAGAGAGUUGUAUAACAUACCACAUGUGCUUCGAAGGAAGGUUUGCCGAAACUCUGAACUGCAGCGAAGGGUUCUACUUCCACGGGGACUCCGAACAAUGCGUUCCGUAUAACAUGCUGAACGGUGAGUGUAACGGCGCAGGGGAACGAAUCACACCGUCGACACAGAAAACUAAAACUGAGCCAGUCCCGACAACAACAAAAACAACAACAACAACAAUAACUACGUAUUCUGUCACACCAGAUGACAUCACGACACCAACAACUAUAUCACCCCAGGCUGCGCCUUUUAACUGCGCGGGGCGACCAGACGAUUACCACUACGACCACUACAACUGUUCUCUUUACCAUCUUUGCCUCGCAGGCCGGUAUCACAGCACAGGGGUGUGCCCCGAGAGAAUGUCCUACGACAGCGAAAGAGGGUGCACUGUGGCAGAACUUGUCCCCCUCUCGGAGUGUGUGGACGGUGUGAGAAACAAUUUCAACUGUGCCGACAAGGAGGACGACUUUUUCCCAGAUGAGAUAACCUGUAAAGUUUAUCAUCUUUGUACAGAGGGAAGGUUGACUGAUACAGUGAAAUGCAAAGGAGGUCAAUUAUUUCAUGCCGGCGAAAAAACGUGCGUCCCGCCAGAAUUUACAAUAGGACAGUGCGAAGGUGACAAACGAAUAUCUCAUUCUUUAGUAACAACCAUCGUAAGUGGAACUCCAUUGCCAUCCAGCACUUCCGGCACUACUUUAUUACGUGACCCAACUACAGUUUUUACGACAACAAAAUUACCACCUAUCAAUCAAAACCUCUUCAACUGCACAGGCAAAGCCAAUGGAUAUUAUCCAGAUGAUAUCAGCUGUAGUAUCUCUUACUUAUGUUACGAAGGUGCACUGGAAGAAGUUAAUGAAUGUCAAGUUGGCUUUUACUUCAGCGUCCCACAGUCUUCUUGUGUACCCGAAGAGGUGACGUCAAACGAGUGUCAAGAUGGCCUCCGGAUCGAGACGACCUCUGCACAGGGGCCAUCGUUGGGUCCAACCAGAACUGCUACAACAACUCCCCCAACAACAGUAACAACAACAGCAACAACAACAACACUCCUCCCGUCAACCUUACAGCCUCCUAUCAACUGCACUGACGCUGACGACUUGCAAGCAGACGCUUUCAGCUGCACCGUUUUCCACGCUUGCCACCGGGGAAGGUACAAGGCGAGCUUUGUUUGCCCUGAAGGUUUCUACUUCAGUCAAACCCAGAUGGUCUGUGGACCGGUUGAAGAAGUCUCCGAUCAGUGCGUCGGUGAUGUUCGAGUCCCGGACUCAGAGUCUCUCAAUUGCACAGGGGUGAUAGAACCUACGUUCUUAGCACACCCUUCAAACUGUUCCUUUUAUCAUAUGUGCAUGAAUGCCACGGUGGCUCAGGUAUUCAUGUGUUUCGGGAACACCAUGUACGAGUCCUUAACAGCCGGAUGUAUGCCCUCCUCGCAUGUUCAGGAGCAGUGCACCGAGGACGGCCGGCGUCUCUCGGAUUUCUCUUGGCACAACAUAGAAAGCGUUUCUACCACAGAUCCCACAACGGGUCUUCAGUCGUCAGGAACUACAGUUCCAAUUGCAACAGUAACUAAACCAAUCACGGGGAGUGAGAGAGCUAUAACCAGGCCGUCAACAGUUUCAAGGACAACAGGAGACGGAUUUUGGCCGAGCAUUAUGUCUCGCUUUCAUACCACAACGACAACGACAACCACAACAAAAAAGGCACCGGAUCCAGCGACUACAAAAUCGCCACAGACAGCAACAAAGACCACACCAAAGCAAUCAACAUUUGUUGAAUCAUCAGCUGCUAGCACACCUCCUAUCUUGCAGUCAACAGAAAUAACGACAGAGACACUUACAACAACACAAGAAAAAGUAAUCAAAGAUGGCAAUGAUGAUCAAUUAAACAAGAAAACUCGGUUCAGACCCAACUUUGUGCAACGCAAUGCCGGUUGCUCUACCACGAAAUCAGAUCAGUCGAAUGUAAUAAUCGCACUGGCAUUGACGAUUUUCGCGCUGCAAUUACAAACAUAUCGAUGAUGUUCAUUAACUUAACUGCAUUUGGAUGUGAUUAAUAUACAGAAAUUGGUAACUAUAUCCUUAUCGAUUAACGGCAACUUUUUUUUUAUUAUGAAAAAGGGGGAGGGAACUGGGCAUGCACAAGAGUGUUAUAUAUAUAUAUA